UUUUAGGUCUUUAUUAUUGUUUUUUGCUUUUUUGAGAUUGGUUCUUGUUAUAUACCUCAGACUGGCCCAAAACUCAUAAUCGUCAUGCUUCUGCCCAGGAUUGAUCUUUAGUCAGUUUCUCAGGUCUAAAUUUCUAUAAAUCCCUUUACUGUUUCAGGAGUGCUCUAAAAUAAUGGUCAUCGAUACUGAAAAACAGUAUAGUUUUUUUUUUUUCACAAUUUCUCAAACCCAGAAGGUUCAGUUUCUAUCUAUAUAAACCCAGGCAACAAGAAUUACAGCUUCAGAAGACGCUAAAGCGACUAUCUUCCUCCCUUCUGUAUUUGGAGACCUAUCCAAGACUGCCCUUGACUCUCCUUCCUCACCCACUCGACUGCUAUAGUCACACAGGAAUGUGUGACUGAGCUAGCAGUGACACCUACACUUUUUAUUGGGCUUUGAAAUUCUAGCCACAAACGCCCACAGCCUGGGAAUGGGCGGAGCCUCGUCUUCGGGAAAACUCGGCAGUGGGAGGGGUCUUCUCUCGAAGAGCUUCCGGAAUCUUUCGGGCAGAGGCGGAGUCUUCUGCCGAGGGCCAUUCGGAAAGAGGCGGAGCCUAUGUCUCAUCAGGACCAGUCUGACUGCACCUGCAUCCUUAGCUCAGAGCAUCCCUGGAGCAUCUAAGAGAAAAACGCAGCUAGCAACCAAGGAUCGUACUGUCGCAGGAGCAGUCGGCCAUGCACCUUCCCCUCCCUUGAUCUGGAGGUCUACAGCCGGGGCCUCGGUACUGAUCGAGAUUUCCAAAGUUGUCUGACCUCUGCAAAAGUGUUUCUAUCAACAGCCUCUGAUUACAACAUGGCUGAGAUCACAAAUAUACGCCCCAGCUUUGAUGUGUCACCAGUAGCGGCUGGCCUCAUCGGCGCCUCUGUGCUGGUGGUGUGUGUCUCUGUGACUGUCUUUGUGUGGACAUGCUGCCACCAGCAGGCGGAGAAGAAGCACAAGACCCCACCGUACAAGUUUAUUCAUAUGCUGAAAGGCAUUAGCAUCUACCCAGAGACCCUCAGCAACAAGAAGAAAAUCAUCAAAGUUCGGAGGGACAAAGAUGGUUCUCAUAGGGAAAGUGGACGAGGGAACCUGUUAGUAAAUGCGGAGUCUGGCCUGCUGAGCCAUGACAGGGAUCCCAGAGGGCCUAGCCCUGCAUCUUGUAUAGACCAGUUACCCAUCAAAAGAGACUAUGGGGAAGAACUGAGGAGCCCCAUGACCAGCCUGACCCCCGGUGAAAGCAAGCCCACCUCCCCAUCAUCGCCAGAGGAAGAUGUGAUGCUAGGGUCCCUUACCUUCUCGGUGGACUACAACUUUCCCAAGAAAGCUCUGGUGGUGACAAUCCAAGAGGCGCAUGGGCUGCCAGUGAUGGAUGGCCAGACCCAGGGCUCCGAUCCCUACAUCAAAAUGACCAUUCUUCCUGACAAGCGGCAUCGAGUGAAGACCCGGGUGCUUCGCAAGACCCUGGACCCCGUGUUUGAUGAGACCUUCACCUUCUACGGCAUUCCCUACAGCCAGCUACAGGACCUGGUGCUGCACUUCCUUGUGCUCAGCUUUGAUCGCUUCUCUCGGGAUGACGUCAUCGGGGAGGUCAUGGUGCCCUUGGCUGGAGUGGACCCCAGCACAGGCAAGGUUCAGCUGACCAGGGACAUCAUCAAGAGGAACAUUCAGAAGUGCAUUAGCAGAGGGGAACUCCAGGUAUCUCUGUCAUACCAGCCCGUCGCACAGAGAAUGACAGUGGUGGUCCUCAAAGCCAGACACUUGCCGAAGAUGGAUAUCACCGGUCUCUCAGGUAAUCCUUAUGUCAAGGUGAACGUCUACUACGGCAGAAAACGCAUUGCCAAGAAGAAAACUCAUGUAAAGAAGUGCACUUUGAACCCCAUCUUCAAUGAGUCCUUCAUCUAUGACAUCCCCACCGAUCUCCUGCCUGAUAUCAGCAUCGAGUUCCUUGUCAUUGACUUCGAUCGUACUACUAAGAAUGAGGUGGUAGGGAGGCUGAUCUUGGGGGCACACAGUGUCACAACCAGUGGUGCAGAACACUGGAGAGAGGUGUGCGAGAGUCCCCGCAAGCCUGUAGCCAAGUGGCACAGUCUGAGCGAGUACUAACCCUGGGGCCAGGCGGGGAGGCACACACGGGGAGAGGUGACAGAGAAGCUGACUCAAAACCUCAUUUUAGUCGUAGAAGAUUUCUUACAGAACAAACCACACGAAGAACCUCACACUCCACACGGCUGCAGAUUGGUUCUUAGCGUGAGGAUUGCUUUCUUCUCUGCAAGGCACUAGACGAUCUUUUGUUUUUUAAAAUGAGGGGGGAAGAGAAGGGAAGACCCCAAGUCUAUAUAUAACAAUGUAACCUUAUACUUGCAUGUCUAAUACAAACAAGAAAUUAGCCUAACAAUAUCAAGUUGCAGAUUUUAAUCCAUGAAAAUUGUGUUUUGUGCCGAACUGUAUUUGCUGAUCCCCUGAAAUUGGCCUCUCUUUAUCAGGCUUCUCUGGGUUAUUCCAGUUUUCCAUCACCGCAGGAGAAAAGUCUGCUCUUGUAAAGCCCCAUGUCCCCAUCAUCCAGUCCCUUUUGCUGUCACCUCUCACAUCUCUGCUCUUUGGCUGAGUUACAAAUCCUGAGGUCUGUAGUAAGUGAGGAAAUGAGUGGGGUUUCCAGGAGAAAGAGUGGUUGAGAAUGGGAUGUGUGGGUAGUAGGCAGCCAGUGACUAGAGAUUCCCCUGAUGAGCUCAGGAGGAGUGGGGCUGGACUUAGGACUCUGAUUUCUCCAGAAGGAGCAAUGGAGGGUUCACCUAGAGCGAGGUACCUGUGAACAGUACCAGCGCGUCCUGAAAGCUGCUUGCAGGUCAGGGGACCAGGGGAUGAAAUAAGAUGUCCAUGUGGCCCUCUGUGGUGGGCUCUUCAUCAGUGGUCAGCAGUCCCAGGUUUGUAAGGUUACACUGGCUUUUACUUUUCCAGAACUGUGCCGGGCGCUCAGGCAUCUCUUCAUUAUGUAGCCAACACAGGUUGCUUUCUGUUUCCUAAGGAAAACAGGCCUCAGCCCCUGAGCUUUAGAGUGGUGGCUCUUAAGAAAGCCGAGUGGGGCUGAGUUGUAAGACCGUAUGAAUGCCUUCCGAGCUCCACUCUCCUCAGCAGAAGCUCACGGCUGGAGAACUGGGAGUCUCCCCACACAGUGAAGGGUGGAAACCAAAGUUCCACCAUGUCUCUGCCACUGCACCAGACAGUGUAGAGCUUGUGCAUCGUCCUGGAGCCCAGACCCAGGUCUCCACGCGGAGACUUCCAGAGGAAACGAGCGGUGAGCUUGGAUGGGCAGUGCCUAUUUUGACAGCCUGAAGAGGACCUCAGUCAAAUAAGAGAUAGCUUGAUCCAGGGCCUGAACAAUUAGCUGUAACUGAAGUGCCCACUUCCCUGAAGGCCAUCACUUUCUAGCUUGCUUCUGAGAAGGGGUGGACAAGCUGACUUUCCAUGGAGAGGGUUGGUGACAAUGCCUUUGGUGGUUCCCCUCGUGCUUGUGGAUCUGAAUCCACUCUGCGCCCCCCCCACCCCACCCCCCAACCUCUCAUUUGAUUUUGUUUGCUUGGUUUUGUUCUUUUUCUGCCGACUCUUGGCAAGGCAGAGCAGCCCUGUACAGACGGGAAACCCCACUGUACUCUUGCUCCUGUCAGCCCUUAAAUCCCAUAAUCUGACUCAGUGUCUCACCAUCAACUGGGAUCGCACCACUAGUCUCCGUCCUUUAACCCAUGGAGUGUAAAUAGUGUAUCAUACGUAGAAGAAAAUACUUUUUGUUUUCUAAAAAGGCAUUUUGACAUAGUUUAACGAAAACCCGGCAGGAGCAUUCUAAGCCCCAUUAGGGAAAACGAUUGAAACGGUUCCUCUUCGUCGCCUUAAUGUGUAGAGAUCAGAAGUCACUGCGCAGGCCCUGUCUCCUUGGGAGAAGGGAUGCGAAGUGACAGGUGGAGCCUGGCCUCUGUCCCGCUGUGUGUGCCUCUGUAGCUCCCCCUGAGAAGUCUGGGAAACAGCCUCACCAUGCUCCUCCUCCUUCCCCGUGCCCCUGCAGCUCGAUCCUUUGCAUCCUCUGGGUCUGCGGAGCGCGGGUGCUGGUAGGGGAGCCUGUACUUCCACAGGCUCGGGGCUGCCAAGAAAAGGCAAAGGGGUGGGCAGUACAGGAUCCCUCCCUCCUACCUCAGGCCUGAUCCAUCAUGGACUUGGUAUCCUAACGCUUCUUAGCGGACUCUGGCUUUCACACAUGUUCUUCACAGAGCUCACGGCUGUGGGCAGAGGCAGAACGCCUCUCCCUGGCCAUUGAAAGACAAGAGAGUCACAUCCUAGCUUUUGCACAAGGCUCUUGUGGUUAGGAAUAGGUUAGGGAAAGGUCACUCCUGAUUUCCCAGCAGCCAGUCUGUCUGUGGAGAUUUCUUGACUCCUUGGGGACUCUGAGAACUGUUCCCAAUAUCAGAAGUUCCCUCUUGAGUUCUCCUUCUUUCAGCUCUCGGCAUGGCCACAGUGUGCGUCUUGGUGGGCAGUGCCAUGCUGGAGAGCAGAUCUCCGUGCUGUGGGGCCCAGGGGGACCUACUUAGGAGGGGAUAUGGGAGACUUUAUUACUGGUCAUAGUGACAUUGCCCUCACCACAAUCCCUCUCCAAAGUGGUCGUCUUUCUUUACCUUGUGUCUUCUCUUGUAAAAAUAAAACUCAAAAAUAAAAGUGUCAAAUUAAAAAGAAAAAAAAAUGGAAAAAGCUAACACGAACUGUGUGAAGUUGCAUAACGCUGUGACGCUAACCUGCAAUGUGUAAUGCUAUCUUGUAUGUGGACCUUGUCAAUGCGCCACACACGUGCAGAAUAAAGACUGACUCAGACUAAA